AUGGUCCGGCUCGCCUCCCUCACGGUCUCCGGACUCGCGCUCUUCACGCGGAUCGCGUCCGCGGUCGCGACGCAAAAGGACGUCGAGUCGCCCGAGUUCGCGACCUUCUCGGUGCCGGAGCACCCGCACCACGCGAUCCGCAUCAAGGAGCAGAGCGACGAGCUCUGCGAUGCGGGUUCGAGGCAGUGGACCGGCUGGUUGGACACCGGCGGGAAGCACCUCUUCUUUUGGUACUUUGAGAGUCUGAACGAUCCGCAGAAGGACCCCCUCAGUCUCUGGAUGACGGGCGGCCCAGGCGGCAGCGGCCUUGUCGGUCUCAUGCUGGAACUGGGCCCCUGUCUGAUCAACGAAAACGGCACGGGCACCGUCCACAACCCCCACGCCUGGAACAGCAACUCGUCCAUGAUCUUCGUCGACCAGCCCGCCGGCACGGGCCUCAGCUACUCCGACAAGGACGUCACCCCGCCCGCGACGUCCUACACGGCCGCCGAGGACAUGAACAUCUUCCUGCGCAUCUUCUACAAGGCCUUCCCGCACCUUGACGCCCUGCCCUUCCACAUCGUCGGCGAGAGCUACGGCGGCCACUACAUCCCCGCCCUCGGCGCCGAGAUCGUCCGCUACAACACGGGGUCCCCGGCCCCGGCCUUCAAGGUCCCGCUGGCUUCCGUCAUGAUCGGCAACGGCUACGUCUCGCCCGCCGACACGACGUGGGGCUUCUACGAGACGCUCUGCACUACCAAGCCGGGCGUACCCGAGCCCGUCUUCAACGCGACCAGCUGCGCCGCCAUCGCCGCCGCGCUGCCGCGGUGCAUGUACCUGGAGGAGGCGUGCUACAAGUACCCGGACCCCAUCAUCUGCCGCGCCGCGGGCGACUUCUGCUUCGACCGGAUCGACUGGCUGUACUACCAGGAUGUCAAGAAGGGAGGGCGCAACCCGUUCGACAUCACGCGGCCGUGCGAGGUGGAGAACAUCUGCUACGGCGCGGGCGCGGGCAUCGAGACGUACAUCAACUCGGACCGCGUGCGGGCGGCACUCGAGGUGCCCGACGAGGCGAACGGCGGCGGCGGCAGCGGGAAGAACUUCAGCCUCAUCUCGGAGGACGUCAACCGCGCGUUCGAGCUGGCGGGCGACAUGUUCCUCAGCACCGAGGCGCAGGUGCGGUACCUCCUCGAGUCCGGGGUCGACGUGCUCGUGUACAACGGCGACCUGGACCUCGCGUGCAACUCGGCGGGCAACGCGCGGUGGACGGACAAGCUGUCGUGGGCCGGGCAGGUGGAGUUCAGCACGAGCGGCAUGGAGCCGUGGUUCGCGGUCCGGGACGGCGAGAGGGUGCGGGCCGGGCGGUGGAAGCAGGUGGCGAAGCCCGCCGUGAGGGCGGGGGCCGGCGGGCGGCGGACGAGGUUCGCGUUCGUGACGGUUGAGGCGUCCGGGCACAUGGUGCCGCUGGACCAGCCCGAGGUCGGGCUGCAGAUGGUGAGGAACUGGCUGUUCGGGGACUUCGGCGAGGCCGUCGAGGCCGCCGUGGAAGUCGGGUUGGCGGACGAGGACGAGUACGUCUUUGUGGAGUUGUAA